GCCAGACCUGUAGAUAAGUUCAAAAAUGCAAAGACUACAUUUAACGCUGACUCCGACGAUCAAUCUUACUUUAACAGUGGCUUUAAUAAUUAAAAAAAAUGCGUUUUGUGUCCCCGUCCAUCGAAACCAAUUUAUGUGGUUUUAAAUUACUUUUAAGGGAAUUGUCUUAGGGUUUUAGGGUCCGUCUGUCAGGCAUUCAGAGUAGAUAAGGCUAACUUGAUGAGAUUUACGUGUCCAGAACUGCAAGGCUUCAAGAAACUGUGAAGUGUUAUAGAUGUCGUGAAUUCGGACAUAUCAAGUCGAACUGUCCUAAGAAGCUGCUCGACAAGAAGAUAAUGGACGGCAGGAACAUGUUUUGUGCUUUGUCUGGCGCAACUUCGCACAUGUGCACGGACACUAAUCUCUUCGAAAAUGUUCAGUAAUGUUUCAGUUGUGAAAAUAUGACAACAAGGACAAUUUGUUGGAAAUCUCAAUUUGGCUGUGAACGUCAAUAAUACGAACGGAAGUAUGAACUUGAAGGAUCUGCCUGAGAUUCACACGAAUUUGCUUUCAAUUCUCAAGAUUGUUACCGGUUAUCUAAAACAAGCAAGGAUGCAGAGUUGUUAAUCAAAUCGAGGGAAUGUUGCUGAAAUUUGUUCAACUUGAAUAAACCGAAUGGAAUAUUAUAUGUAUCAAUGGAGAAAAAAAAAUUGGCUGAUCUUUGGCACAAGUGUUUAGGCGAUCCUUGUCGUAGCAAUAUGAAGAAGGUUGAAGGCCCAAAGACGUUUCGUAAAAGCUCUAGUGAAUAAUCGUGUUGGAUGUGUUAGUGAGAACCUGAAUAUCAGAUAAACCAUGGCCUCACGUAAACGAAAACCCUUAUCCCAACUUAGUCUUGAAGAACAGGAAAAACGCAAGAGAAACUCAGAGGCCAUUUUUACAGAGGGGACUGAUACGAGAGCUGGCACAAUCUCGCGUAUGGUCCUAAAGAACUUCAUGUGUCACGCUCAUUUAGAGGUAGUAUUCGAUCAGAACAUUAAUUAUUUAAUUGGACGCAAUGGUAGUGGUAAAAGUGCCAUAUUAACCUCGUUAGUCAUCGGACUUGGAGGUAAAGCAUCAUUUACAAACCGUGGGUCUAGCGUUAAAGGUUUUAUUAAGGCAGGUAAAAAUUCAGCGUCCGUAGAGGUUACACUACGCAAUGCAGGACCUUUAGCAUACAAAUACAAUGACUACGGAGACGAAAUUACGAUCGUACGAAAUUUUACAGCUGCCGGUAACAGUAGCUACAAGAUCAAAUCGGCGACGGGGGAAGUAAUCUCAACGCAAGUUAAAGAAAUACAUCGCGUCUGCUCUUAUCUUAAUAUCCAAGUCGACAAUCCGAUAUGUUUGCUAAACCAAGAUACGUCGAGAAAUUUUCUGAACUCCAAAGAUCCGCGACAGAAGUUUCUAUUGUUUAUGAGGGCGACACGUCUCGAAGCACUGUGGGAGGAAUAUGUUAAGAUAUUGACCAGCAAGAAAGAUGCCGAUCGCAUGUUUAAGGAGAAGGAGAAGCUACACAGUGAGCUUCAGCAGGAACUGUCAGUUUUGAAGAGGAAAAUGAUCGAUCAGAAGUCGGUAUGCGCACUUAAGCAGCAAGUUAAGGUGUUGCAGACAGAAAUUUUGUGGGCUAAGGUUCAAGAUGCUGAAAUAGCAAGAAACAGCGAACAAGAGACUGUAAAUAAGCUGAGAGAGCAAGAGACACAGAUCGUAGCAGGCAUAGGGAAUGAGGACAGAAUUCUAAUGGAGUAUCAGCAACAAAUUUCGAAUUUACAAAAUCUCAUAUUAACACUACAGCACUCGAUCGAAGAACAAAACGAACCACAAAGCAUUUUAGUUCGCAUCUUAGGCGAAUUGAAAGAAACUCUGACCGACAAACGUCGAGAGAAACGAAUAGUUAUGAAAGAUAUCGCGGUGAAGACCGGAAAUUGUAAUAUUCUCGAGCAGGAAAUUAACAACUUUAACGAAAAUUACGAUCAGAUAGAACAAGAAAAGGCGAAACGGGCGGAGGAAAUGGCGACGCUUGAGGAGAAAAUUAGGAGUAUUGAAGGUCUAUUGGAAACGUCCAAAAAUGACCAGUAUCAAAUGAGGAAUUCGGUUAAUCGCGCGCAGGAAGAGGAGCGUAAUGUGUUAAUGGAAAUGCGGGGAAUCGAUUCUGAAAUUGAUAAAACUCAAACACGUCUAAAUGCCUUUAAGGCAAACUCGGAUGUAUUAUCACUGUACGGCAGUGAUAUGCCUCGUAUUGUGCAAGCCAUAAAACAAGCUGAAUCUCAGUUUACUCAUGUGCCACGAGGACCACUAGGGUCAUACAUAACUUUGAAAGACAAAAAAUGGGCGGUCGCAGUUGAAGGAUUUUUGACUACCGGCCUGCUGCGUGCUUUUGCCGUGGAUAAUAAAAGAGAUAAUGAGCUAUUAAUGAAAAUUCUACAGAGAACUUGCUCCGGUGGUCAAAAACCGAUGGUUAUCACCGGGAAAUUCUUUUUUCAGGUACACGAUGUCCGCCCAAAUUUAGUGAGGCCAGUAGACGGGUGCCUAAGUGUUUUUAGCGCCUUGGAGAUAUCCGAUCCGGUGGUGACUAACUGCCUAAUCGACCAGGUCAGUCUAGAAAGCGUUCUACUUAUUCCCGAUACGAAUACAGCGAUAAAUCUAAUGUCUAAUCAAAGUCACGUGCCGCAAAAUUGCCGACAAGGUAUUACAAUGAAAGGGGACAAAUAUUAUCCAGAUCCUAAUUAUAAGACUUACGCGUCCCGAUACCAUACCGCUCAGUAUUUACAAGUGAGCACUGCCGAUGUGAUACAGCAAUUGGAGAACCAUAUAAUGGUCCUUCAGGACAAGAAAAAAACCAUGCAAUCUCAGCUCCAGACAGUGAAACGGGAUUGCUCGGAACAAAGUAGGAGUGCGAAAGAUCUAGAGGUGAAAGUGAACAAAUUGGGCACGGCCCUGCUCCACCUGAAACGAAAACUGAGCGAUUUGCAGGGCUCCGACGAACCCGACGUCGCGAACAUCACCAUGCUCAAAAACGAAUUGGCGGAACUCAAGAGGGCGGUCGAGGCGAGAAGCGAGGUUGAAAGUAAAAUUCAAGCGGAUCUGGCGGAGCUUCAAACGAAAAUUGAGAAAAAAGAGGAGAAGCUCGAAAAAAUUAAGCAUAUCGUUCGAGGGUACGAAGAUAGAAUGGAUCCGUUAAAUUUGCAAAUACGUGAAAAGCACGCACAAGUGAAGGAGUUUGAGGUUAACAAAAGAUUCGCUAAUAAUCGCUUGGCUGAGUGUAGAUCACAAUUGCGGCAGGCCAGAGCUGUUUUAGAUGAGAAACAGAAACUGGUGCAGUUGAAAGCGACUGAAGCUGGUGAACUUGGAUCUAGACCUUCAAAAAUAAGGUAUAAAGAGACCGUACCCGUCGCACUAAAAGAGUUAAGCGAUACCGAAAGACACAUAAGACGAAUCGAAUCUAAUCUAGAAUCGUACGAUGUUACUAAGAAAAAGUAUGAAGCGUGCAAAGAUCAGAAUAAGCAAGCGUCCGAAUUUAUAAAAUGCGUCAGAUGCGAUGUGCAACUGUUAAAGGCGGCAGUAGAAAAUUGCCUUACGUGUUACAGUCAAACGGAAGACUAUUUCGUUACCUUCAUACAGCACGCCUUCGAGGAAGUCCUGCAACUUCGACAGUUCCAAGGAUCGUUAAAAAUAAAUAUGGGCGAAAAGAAGUUGGAGCUUGUCGUUAUUCCGCAGCAGGGUUCUCAGGGGCAUACGACAACCUCAAAUUUGUCCGGCGGGGAGAGAUCCUUCUCGACAGUCGCAUUUCUUUAUUCUCUAUGGCAGUGUAUGGAUUUUCCAUUCUAUUUCUUGGAUGAGUUUGAUGUGUUUAUGGAUAAGGUUAAUAGGACAAAAGUUAUGGAAAUAUUGUUGUAUCACGCGAAGAAACAUAAAGACAUGCAAUUUGUCUUUUUAACACCUCAAGACAUAUCGUUUGUUAAUGAUCCAUUGGUUGCUAUUCACAGAUUGCAAGAUCCUGAAAGAGGAAUGAUCCAAUAAUUACAGUUACCAUUUGCAUAUAUUUUGUUACUCGUUUUUGCGUUUGUUUCAACUUACGAUAAUAGCGUUGUUAAAUCAUCGUAUUUAUGAUUGUAAACACUAUUGCAUACAUUAAAUUAGUUGUAAAAGAAACUUUCCUUAAGUGAAGUUGAUCAAUAUUA